AUGUUGGCUCCCUCUUCUGGUUGCGUGAAGGAUAAACCCGGGACUUCUGAUGAGCCCACUGUGGCCUCAUUGUGCCGGUCCCCUACUGUCCCAGACCCUCCAUUUGUGGCAGCCGGAAUUGGGCGAGAGCCCUCCGACCUGUUGUUUGAGGACUGGCCUGGCCCUGGACGAAAGGAACGAUUUGCCUUGGUUGAGGAGAAAGAAGAGGAGGAUGUCACAGUAAAAAUAGAAGUAGAGAGUGAGGAGGAGGGAGCGAUAACUGUCAUAUUGAAAGAGGAGGAAGAAGAGGAGGAGAGAGGAGAGAGACUUGACUAUCGUGGAUCUUAUGGGGAGCCUCAACAACAUCAUGAUGCUGACGAUGCAGAGAAGAGUCUCUCCAGAUCAGAACACCUCAAGGAACACCAGCGGAAACCCACGGGGAAGAAACCUCACUGCUGCUCUGACUGUGGGAAGAGUUACUCAAGAUCUGAUUCACUAAAAGUACACCAGAGAAUUCACACAGGAGAGAAAUCUUACAACUGUGAUCAAUGUGGAAAGAGAUGCUCUUCUUCAUCAGAACUUACAAUACACCAGAGAAUCCAUACAGGAGAGAAACCUUAUAGCUGCUCUCAGUGUGGAAUGAGUUUCUCUCGAUCAUAUUCAUUGAAAUCACACCUAAGAAUUCACACAGGAGAGAAACCAUAUGGCUGUGAUCAAUGUGGGAAAAGUUUUGCUACCUCAGCUAACCUGACUGCACACAAGAGAAUACACACAGGAGAGAAGCCUUACCACUGCUCUGACUGCGGAAUGAGCUUUAUCACUUCAAGGGAACUACUCCUACACCAGAGAACACACACAGGAGAGCAACCUUAUAGCUGUGAUCAAUGUGGAAAGAGUUUUACUCAGUCAAACAACCUGAUAUCACACCAGAGAACACACACAGGACAGAAGCCCUAUACCUGUGAUCGGUGUGGGAAAAGCUUUACUCAGUCAGGUCACCUGAAAUCACACCAGAGAACCCACACAGGAGAGAAGCCUUAUAGCUGUGAUCAGUGUGGGAAGAGAUAUUCUGAUUUAAGAGAUCUGAAUAAACAUAAUAACAUACAUCCAGAUUGUGGAAUGACUGCCAACACCAGUCCUGGGUAGUAGAACACAGAUUGUGGAAUGACCUCCAACACCAGACCUGGGUAGUAGAACACUGCAUCGUGAGGUUUUUAUAUAGUACUUGCGCAGAGCAUUCUAUAUUGGACAUUUAGAAAAAAGUGUGUUUGUGUUGGAGGGGUUGUUAUUCACACUCAUUAUCUUUCCUGAUUGAAGUCAACUUUAUUUUAAUCUUUAGUUUUUCCUCACCACAUUGAAUGAAUGUCAGAAUCCUCUCAAAUUACACUCCCUAGUGUCUUUUGGUCACUUCAGGGAUUUGGUGAGAUACCUGGUCACAGAGGAAUGGACGUGUUUCUCAGAACUUCUGAUGACAAAUAUGACUAUCUUGAUGAGUUGGUGAAUUCGGAUAUUCUGGUUGAUUGUGGCUAGUUUCCUGUUUGUUUCUUUGUAUUUAUCAUGCCCCCCCUUCAGUUAAUUUAACCUAGUUUAUGAUCAAAUGAUUGAAGCUACAUGACAGACCCAUUACAGUACAUCCCAUCCAUCCUCCCCAGACUAAGAUAUUUCACCAGACGUUAUAGUAUGCCUGCCAACGGGUCCUGGUCGGAGGACGCUACGUGUUGGUGGUAUGUCCUGGUCGGACGACGCUACAUUUCGAUGGUAUGCCCUGGUCGGAGGACACUGUAUGUUGGUGGUAUGCACUGGUCGGAGGACACUACAUGUUGGUGGUAUGCCCUGGUCGGAGGACACUACGUGUUGGUGGUAUGCCCUGGUCGGAGGACACUACAUGUUGGUGGUAUGCCCUGGUCGGAGGACGCUAUAUGUUGGUGGUAUGCCCUGGUCAGAAUACGCUAUAUGUUGGUGGUAUGCCCUGGUCGGAGGACGCUACGUGUUGGUGAUAUGCCCUGGUCGGAGGACGCUACAUGUUGGGGGUAUGCCCUGGUCAAGGAUACCGUUCAUACAUAAAUAAAUACAUUUCAUAAAUACAGUUGAAAAAUAAAUAGUUAAUAAACAGUUGAUACAGUGCCUUUGGAAAGUAUUCAGACCCCUUGAAUUUUUUCACAUUUUGUUACUUACAGCCUCAUUCUAAAAUGGAUUAAAUGAUGUUGCUUUAGUCAAAUCCUUCUACUCAGCACAUAUAGUGGACUGGUGUGUGUAUGUGCUUGUAAUUGGUUUGUAAACUUUAAAUGUUUCAAAUUAUCACUUUGAAUUUGCUUUAAUCAAUGUAUGUUUCCCUCUAUGUACGUUUCAUAUAAUGUUAUAUAAUAUUCAUUAAAUGAAAACAAUGGUUGAAAGUGAAACUUUUUUCCCUGAACUGCAUUACCCACUCCAGUCAGCAGAUGGCGAUGUGCAUUUUUCAGGCGAUGCUGCCUGAGUGUGACGUAUGAUCAAGUGGACGGGAUGCUUCUUCAACAGUAACAGCUAAUCGGCCACCUCAGUAGAACCGAGGUAAAGACCGUUUCAGGUUGGAUAUUUGACGGAUAUUCGCCUAGUUUUCCUGACGUCCACCAACUG